UCUCCUAGCGAGGCGUGUGUUCCCCACACUUAUUCAUAGGAUAAAUUACAAAUUUAAAUACUUUUGUAACCCAACAUGGAAUCGUCAUCACCCAACAACAUGAUGAUGAAUCUUGAUUUGGAGAAAUCCAAAAACCAAGGAGGGGGAGGAGGAGAAGAGCAGUUGGACUAUUCGAAGAGAGGGCAGUGGCUAAGAGCCGCGGUGCUGGGGGCUAACGAUGGGCUGGUAUCGACUGCGUCACUGAUGAUGGGCGUAGGAGCCGUCAAGGAAGACGUCAAGGCUAUGAUCCUCUCCGGUUUCGCCGGACUUGUCGCCGGAGCUUCCAGUAUGGCCAUCGGAGAGUUCGUCUCCGUCUACUCUCAGUACGACAUCCAACUCGCCCAGAUCAACCGGCAGCGGCAGAGAUCGCCGGAAUCCACGGCGGCGGCCGAGGAGGAGGAGAGGCUGCCAAGCCCUGUCCAAGCGGCGGCGGCAUCUGCGUUAGCGUUUGCGGUGGGUGCGAUUGUGCCGCUAUUGGCGGCAGCGUUUAUAAAAGGGUACAGAGUGAGAAUAGCGGCGGUUACGGCGGCUGUGACGGCGGCGUUGGUGGUUUUCGGUUGGUUAGGAGCGGUGUUGGGAAAAGGUCCGGCAAGGAGAUCGGCGGCUAGGGUUUUGGUCGGAGGAUGGUUAGCCAUGGCGGUCACGUUUGGUUUGACCAAGCUCAUUGGUUCACAUGGUCUGUAACUUCUUUACCAAAACGUUGUCCGUACGUACAGUUGUAUUUUAUUUUUUUACGACUUUGGAUGUUUUUUUUUAUAAUGAAGUAUGAAGUCAUGAUUUAUAUA